AUGCAAGAUGGGCCCAGAAGGAUUGCAAUCACUGGUUUAGGAGGGGUCGGAAAGACACAAGUGGCCCUAGAGAUAGCACACCGCAUACGUGACCAAGAUAAGGAGUGCUUAAUUUUCUGGAUUCCAUGUACAAGCCAUGCAAUUAUUGAGCAGACAUUCUUAAACAUUGCACAGACACUCGAACUUGGUGACGUGAAGGCAUUAGAGGUUAAAAAACAGAUCAAGAUAUACCUCACCUCCAAGCGUGCAGGAAAGUGGCUUUUAAUUUUUGAUAAUGCGGAUGAUACCGAGAUGUGGUUAACAGCUAGUGACACAGCUCUGGCCCUUGAGGAACUUCUACCUGAGGGUGGACAAGGCCGUAUUCUAUUUACUACCCGAAACCGAAAACUCACCAUGAUGCUGGCACCUUUUAACACUGUUCCAAUUCCAGACGUGGAUAGAGAAACCGCACUAAAAAUUCUAGAAAGAACAUUGGAAAAUGAAGACGUGCUUAAAGAUAGUACGAUAUCAGCUACUCUUCUAGAGCAACUGGCCUUUCUACCUUUGGCAAUUACACAGGCAGCAGCAUAUAUUAUCGAAAACGGUAUAAAUUUGUCUACCUAUCUUGCACUUCUCCAAGAGCAGGAACAAGAUACUGUGGAACUCCUUAGUGAAGACUUUAGGGACCAGGACGCUAUAAGGAUAUCCAGAACCCGUAUCAGUACCUGGUUAGUAUCAUUUAGACAGAUUCAGCAUCAAGAUCAAUUAGCAGCAGACUAUCUAUCUUUUAUGGCCUGUAUUAAUCCAAAAAAUAUUCCCCAGUCCCUUCUUCCUCUCCAAGCAUCCAGGAAACAAAGACUUGACGCUUUGGGGCUUCUGAAUGCGUACUCAUUCACCAACGGCCAGAACAUGGAUAUAAAUAUGCACAGACUUGUGCAUAUUGCAACCCGGAACUGGCUUAGAAAGAAUGGACUGUUUGGUCACUGGAUCCAAAGAGUGGCUGAUUAUAUACAGAAGAUAUUUCCACAUAAUCACCAUACUAAUCAAGGACUUUGGCGAGAAUACCUUCCUCAUGCUUUGGCACUUGUGCAUGAAAAUGAAUUUAUUAUACAACAGGAACAAUACAUCGAUUUGGUUAAGAAGAUUGCAGAUUGCCUUGCUAGUGACGAGUAG